GGUUGUUGUGAUAGGUUGUGAUGCACUUCGCUUAUCGUUUGAUUUUUGAGCUUGGAAAUAAAACAAACAAGUUGAUUGUAACUGUCAAAGUGUUUAGUGAGAAAGAUUUUGCCUAGAAAGUGUCAAGUUUCGCUACACUCAAAAUGAAGAAGGACGAAUUGGAUGUUGUGAAACUCAACGAUUUCCCGAAUGAGGUUUUAGCAAUGAUCUUCGCUAGAAUUCCUUUCGUAGAUCGACUCCAAAUAAGUCGCGUCUGUCACCGUUGGAACCAGCUCAUAUUCCGCUACUUUGGUGAUCAGAUUCUGCUGAAAAUGGACGGUCAAGGAAUGACCCUCUCCAAUAACCGGCCAGGAUGGCUUUCGGAGCGCAACUAUCGGAACAUUUCUUUGAAAGUGGACAAGAAUCAUCUCGAUUUAGAUAAUGCCUUUAACGGUAUUCAGAACAAGCUGGUCUAUUUGAGCGUCCAUAUUGUUGACUGUCCUCCAGAAAAUGUAGAUGGAUUUCAACAGUUAUUGCCCAAGCUGAUCAACUUGAAGAUCUUAAAAAUGUCGCAAACUGAAGAAGAUUUCAAGACAUUUUCCACCACAAUUUUCGGCCUAACCACCAUCGAAAGCUUAACGAUCACGUUCGAAGGUCACGUAAUUCGAUCGUUACGACUACUGGAAGGACUCCGCCGAAUGUCAAGUCUCAAAAAGCUCCACCUCCAAGCCGCUUCCUUCAGCUAUCCCCGGAACUUCCACAUUCAACCGGUGCCGCAGGUCGAGCAGCUCAAAUUUCGCAAAAUAUUGGCCGCCAACUUUCGGAAAUACUCGCUGGCGUUCCCAAACUUGAAGGUUUUAGACAUUUUUUCCAUGAAGCGAACGGACGAGCUGUUGACGGAUUUGACGAGGGCUUGGCCAGCCCUGGAGGUUCUGACGCUGCGUGUAAAUUUGGGAUUUUUGAAGAGCUUUACGCUGGGGAUACUUUUAAAAUUGAAGAAACUUCGAAAACUUUGCUUGCUGGAUGUUGCCAAUCAGCUGCCGGAAGAGACCUCAAAUUAUUUGAGGUCUUUGAGUGAUGAGCAGCCGGAUUUCUCCCUACUUGGAGUUUUGCUUGAGAUUCCAACUCUCAAAGAGCUACACGUUGACGGAAAGUGGACCGGUUCAGUGCCAACUGUCAAUCCGUCCUGUCAGCUGUUCAUCAACGGAGUGCAUCAUCCUCGUUAGACUACUGGAAAUUGGUGUAAAAAUCUAGCAUAUUAAUAAAUGAACAUGAUUAACGCUGUUUUAAUUUUAACUUAAUCAUAAUCUUUGAAAAAAUAAUAAACUAACCUUAAAAUUCUCGA